AGGAUAAUCAGAAUCUUUGUUCAGAGUCAUCUGAUCUUGCAAAAAUUGACACAGCAUAGCUAAUAAUCCACCACAAUUCAGAAACUACAGUGGAUUUUAAAAGGCAGCUUUAUUUUCCUGCCUUCCAUGUGAGGCAGAUUAAAUAAUCAAAAAGACGGAGCUAUCAGGUCAUGAUUUGUAUGUUACAGCUGUCCAGUUAGAGUUGACAGACACUCUUUGCAUGGCCUGCUGACAGAUUAAAAGAAGCAGGGUAAGACUCUGAGAGCCAGAAAUGGACGUUGAGGGAAAAAAAGAUUGUGAUAAAGAAAAAAAAACAAAGGCUGAUGGAUUAACUCACUAGAAAUUGUAGCACUUCUACUCAAGCCAAGGAUACAAUCUUAAAACAAAAAAACUAAAAACACCACCACAAAAAUAAAACAAGCAGAAGAAAUUGGAUGAGCAUGUUACAGUUUUGAAGGAGGAACCAGAAUAAAGUGUACAUUUACUGUUCUACCUCAGAAAACUGGACUGAGUCUUCUUCAAGGUGGGAAACAAGCAAAGCAGAAUGACAGGUAACUGGCUUCUGGUGCUGAGCAUUGUCUUCACAGCACACAUGGCUCACGGGUGUCCUCAAAAAUGCCAAUGCCAUAUGGCUUCAAAGACCACAGACUGCAAGAAUAGAGGUUUUACUGAAAUUCCUGCCCACUUACCACCUGAAACUCAGAUACUGCUGUUGCAGAAUAAUCGCAUUUGGAGAAUCAACCAAAACGCAUUCACUGGAACACCACUGCUGAAAAUCUUAGACUUGUCUAAUAAUUCUCUCUCAAGUUUUGCACCAGGUGCUUUACAAAAAUUACGGUACCUACAGGUUCUAAACCUAACUAGAAAUUUGAUUCAUUAUAUAGAAAACAAGACCUUCAGUUUCCUCCCACACCUCAAAGAACUGGACUUGUCAUCCAACAGCAUUGUACGUUUGCCUGAGACUUUUGGAAACAGCACAGGGAAUAUUACAUUACUGUCAGUGAAGCAUAACAAGCUUCAGAAAAUGGAAAGAGUUCUGCUGGAGUCACUUCCAAACCUGAAAGUUGUUCUUUUCAAGGACAAUCCCUGGCUAUGUAAUUGCAAUGUCUUUGGCCUGAAACUGUGGUUGGAGAGUUUUUUAUACAGAGGAGGAAUAAGUGAUGGCAUCAUCUGUGCAACACCAGGGAUUCGGAAGGGCAAGGACCUCCUCAAAGUUCCUUAUGAACUGUUUGGGGCAUGCCCACUUACGACAGCUCACACUCAUCUGGCCACCACUCAUCACCACAGCUUUGAGCACAGGAGUUCUCUGAAGCACUCUCACCACAACGAACACGGGGAAAACAGCAGGCUAAGUUGUGAACCCAAACCAAAGCCGAGGCCUGUUAAUUUGCGUCAUGCAAUUGCCACUGUAGUAAUAACUGGAGUUGUCUGUGGAAUUGUGUGUCUAAUGAUGUUGGCAGCUGCUGUUUAUGGUUGUGCCUAUGCUGCAAUUACUGCUAAAUACCACAGAGAACAUUUGGCCCCUGCAAGACAGCAUGGGACUCCUGAGGAAAAAGAGCCAUUUGAUAGCUUGAUGGCUUGAGUUACUUUUGUCUCUGGUUUCUUGAAAACAAAGAGCCCUCACUUCAGUUUAAAAGCUUGGAACCUAAAUAGGUUUAAUAGUUAUGACUGCUUUUAUUUUCUUUUUCACAUUAAAGAAAUUCUCUGUGUGUAUAUACAUAUACACAUAUAUACAUAUAUAUAUAUUCCAUAUAUAUGUUCCUUGAACUAUACAUUAAGGUAUAUUUAUGUAGCAGGAUGCAACUUAUUGCAUAUAUCCGUGCUUAUAUUUUGCUUUGUAUAUUCUGAAGCCAAAAUGUAAGGCUGAAUGUGUAACAGAAUGAAAUUUUAACACAGUUAUUUCCAAGUAUUCCAUUCUUCACUCCGAGCUUUUGAUGUAAUAUUAGUACAGUAUGCGAAUAAUGGUGUGCCUACACUUAGCACUCAACAUGAGAGAUUUUUGCAAAGAAAAACAUAAAUGAUGAGAGUUUAAGAUCUUAAAAUAUCUGGUAGGUAUUCAGAAAUACAAUUUAUAAUCAGUUUUAGAACUGGCUGGUCUAUACACUGAUAACUUACAAAAUUGUUGCAAUGUUUCCAAAUACUAUUUCCCACCUCCUAAUUUGCCCCCCUUAAGGAGUUUAGAAAACAGGAAAUAGCUUGUUAACAUUUCAUCUUUAAAGUACUUGCAAGGAAGAAGAAAGAGAGCUGAGAAAUCAUAGGAGGAGGAAGUAAUGCUACACUAUGUUUCAGGCUCUGAGAUAAGCAUACACUGCAUAUAAGAGACACUACCUGUUAUCCAGUGGGAUACAUGCUUGCUAAAGACGUUUCUGAAACUCCCAAAUCCAAGAUCCACACAACCUCAGGACUACGAAUGGAGUCCUGAUCAGUGUGCUGCCCUUCAGUAGGGAGGAUCACCUAGCUGCAUGUUGGCACAUUUUCAAAGAGAAAGCACCCAGCUGAAUUAAUUCAAGGGUAUGCCCAUUUUGCAGCCCUAUUCAGAGGACACCAAAGCAAAAACCACAGUAACCAAUUUAAAACACAAAGAAUAUUUUGAAUGUGCGGUAGUAUUUUUCAAAUAAUUUGUAGAAAUUAUAGUCUCAAAACAACCAAAGUGAUCAGCUACUUCAUCUACCUUUUCUGAGACUAGAUUGAGUAACAUCCAGUCUAUUUGUGGCAAAUGUUUGUCCAAGGUGUUUUAAACCUUCACAAUGACAUGGAUUAACACUCUGCCUAGGAAGUGGAUGCAGCAAUCAACUUUGCUUGUAGUCUGCAGAUUUUUUCUUAGUACCUGCCCUAAACCUGCUUUGCUAAAAAUAUUGCUAGUGUAUUUUAAUGGCAGAAGACUUGAGGACAGCAGCUGUCUCUCCAAUAAGAAUAAAACAAAGCUGUGCCAUGGCAUUCAGAGACCUCUGAUCUUCUUUCAACAGACAGAUUCACAGACCAAGUCUUAUUAGAGCAACUUCAGCCCCAACUGAAUAAUGAGCUGUAUGGCAGAAGUCAUAUAACCCUUGCUCUUAUCUACUUAGUAAUAAUUGAAACGUAAAUUUUAAAGCUCAAUCCUGCAUCUGCAGUUACUUUCAUGUCCAGGAGAAAUUAAGCAUCUCAGUUUUAAUGUAAAUCCAGCACACAAUGAAAACAAUCAAUUGCUUUCUAUUUUUUUUUUUUUUUUUGGUGGAUACUACUACUACACCCUUGACAUUAGUCUGUUUUGUACUAAAUAAAUCAAGCUGUUUCAAAAUUUCCUAUAAGAACACAUCUUUCAAACACUUUUUCUCCUGCAUUCUCUGGAACGUUUUCAGUUUUUCUACAUUUCUUUUUUUUUUAAUGUGGUGCUUUGGGCCAGGUAUAUUACUACAGCUGAGACAUUAUCAGCACGGAAUCUGAGAAUAUUUAUAUUCAGGCUCUUUAAAUCUGAUCUCUUGAUGAUGUAAUUCCAAAGUGAAUGUGCUUCUCUUUUUUUUUUUUUUUUCAGUUGAUAUAUUUUCUGAAGUUUAAUGAACAAUCUGUUUUCAGAGCAAAGUCAUUCUAGUGUGGAGAUCAACAUUUAUUACUCUUUUUAUCAAUUUAGCGGGAUAUUAUUUUUCAAAGGAAAACAUAACUUUUCAGAUAGAGAAAUAACUCAGGGAAGUAUUUUACUGCCUAUGGGCCAAAAACUUAGUUCAGAGCCAAGCCAAAUAACAGUGCUUUCCUAUGGUGACCACCUGAAAUGAGUACACUUGCAUUCAUAUGGCAGAUCCUAAAAUGAAAGCUAAUAAACCUCUGACCUCCAUGGAGAUUGAAGCCACAGUGUUUUUAACAGCAAUGCAACUCCCAUUACAAAUAAGUUUACACCUCUGAUGUAUUCAAACAAAGGAAGGAUUCAAUAUUUCCCUCCUAGAAAUAACCAGAACAUCUUUGACUUAAAAAAAUAUUCUUAUUAACAAAAACCUUUUAGGUUUUUCUUAAGAAAUAAAGAAAUAAAAGAAAAGAAAUAAAAAGAAAAUUAAAAAAAAAAAAAAGGAAAAGUGAGAGGAAGAGGUAAUGAAGGGCACAACAACAUUUAAAGGAACACUUUCCAAGUCAAAUUUAAAAUCCUUUGGGUAUUUUUAUGCACAAAUAAGGCUGUGAAUUGAUAUGGAGUUCAGCCAGAAAGCAAAGUAUUUUGUAUUUCUGUUUGUUCACUCCGCUGUGGGAGUACAGCAAGCCAAUCCAUGCAGAACCUGAUUUAUACUUUCAAAAUAAAUGUUCUUUAAUAAUAAUAAUAAUAAUAAUAGUAAUAAUAAUAAAACCACCCAAGAAAUGUCUCAUUUAACUUUGGCAAGACUAUAUAAAUUUACAACUGUCUGCAGUUAUCAAAUUCCAAUUAUUUAUGCAAAAAACAAAGAGAAACAUAUUGAAUUAAUUGCUUGAAUUAAUCAAUGUAAAAGCAUUUAUUUUUCAGCAGAAGAAACAAACUAAAAAAUAGAUAUAAAGGUGCAAUUUUGUUGCCUAUAACAAAUUGUCCAUAACAACUGUUGACUGUAACGUAGUAGACGGGAUCUAGGGAUUCCCCACAGAAGCAUCCUUAAUUUGUGAAGCUUAGCAGUGGACAUCUGCUGCUGAAAUAAGUUGUCUGCACAGCUUUAUAUUUCAGAUAAAGGUUGCUGAGAAAGCUUUGUUAUUUUUCCAGCAAUCUAGUAAGUGGUAUUAUGGUAAGCACAGUAUUUUUUUUUUCUAAUCUUCUUUCAGCAAAAUAAAAUUAAAAAAAAAAAAAUCAGGAUACUUUAUUUGCUACAGUAUUUUCAAAGGUAAAGAAAAUAUAUCGUUUUAUUUCUGAAUAUUACAUAGAGAUUAACAAUAUUACUAUGUUUUCUGAAAAGCUGGCCUUCUAAAAUGUCAAUUUAGAAGAGUUUAGAAAUUACAAUAUGGUAAUAUUCUCUACAGGAAUUGUCCUUAGAAACUACAUCAAAAGAAAUAAAGCUUAAAUUGAAACAUAUUUGUUUGCCAUAUGUGCCUUUCCUUUCAAAACUUGCAAAAAA